UGGAGAUGAACAUUGAACAUUGAUAAUUGGUUUAGUAGAGAAAACGCCGUCAAUUUACUCGAAGGAAAAUUCAAACAAUUAUUUAAAUUGAAAGAUUCAUCUGGAAUAGUUAUUUUUAUUGACGAUUGAACGGAACAAUUUGAUGACAACGUUUUUGUUUUGAUUUGAUGAACGUCACAUUGAAUAGAAGCAUUGAAAAGCCGUAUCCAACCAAAAUGAGUGACAAACCAUCCAGUAAAAUGUCAAAAACUGAAGCCACGAGUCAAGAGUCAGAAGGCGAUGUCAGUGAAAACGAUGACCAACUGCCCGUUGCUGUUCCAGCAGCCCAAGAAAAUGCGUGCGAAAUCUUCAAGCUCGAUUUUGACUGCUGCGAAGAAUUAUUCGAGUGGUUGUCGAUCAAAGACCUUCACUCAAUGGGUCAAACAUGCAAACGGAUGCAUCGAAUCGCUGGCAUGUAUUUCCAACAGAUUUAUCGUGGUGCAUCGAUUAGAAGUGGAACCUGAUGGCAUUUAUUGCGGUUCUAUUCGAGUAAAUGAUUUCAGUGAAUUCAUAGAAGAAAUUGAAAUUGAACCCGGAGAAAUACGCAAGGACCAAUUGGCAAAUUACAAAUCAUUGAAGAAAAUUCAUUAAACGUCUUUAGUUUCAGUCCCUUCAAAAGAACUCCAUUUGAUAAGUGAUGUUCUGGCCAAGGUCGAGAGCAUAUUUAUUGGCCACCAUCAUUCUGACGACACCAUUCUUGAUUUUUGUCCAAAUUUGAAGCUACUUGAAUUGAAUAGGUGGAGCAACACUGACUGGCUAUCGAAACUGAACAAGUGUCCGAAGCUCGAACUUAUCAGUUUGCCAUUGGAGGUGGUGAAUAUGGAAGAAUUGCUCAAUAAAAUGCCCAAUAUUCGAACGAUAAAAGUAGAGUGGCGAGACCUUUUGCCUAAUAAAGAUGCACUUUUAAACACCAACGUAAAAUUGGAUAAUUUGAUCGUCGAGACUUUUGACGAUGAUGAUGGAUCUGUCUGCGCCAUUUUAAACGAGCUCUAUGAUCGUGGCUUCUACAAACGAUUGCACUUAAUUGAUGUGGGUUCUAUUCAUUUUGCCAAUCAACAAUUUAUUGAUCGAAUGGCGACGUUGCGUGCACUCGAAACGCUUAAAAUCGAAUAUAUGGAUGCCGAUUUCCCAGUCAUGCCGAACGUGAAGAAAAUUAUAUUCAACGAUGAGAACGACUUUAAUUUUACCACAUUUCCAUCUAAACUACCAAAUUUGCAAUGGAUUGUUGUUCCCAACGAUUCGAUUGAUGCAUGGGAGGCGAUUCUACCUUUCAUUCGUGGCUCAAAGCAACUAUCGAGAAUCAAUAUGGUGGAACGAACUAAUGAAGAAUACGACGAAAACAUUCUCGAUCUGCCGACCUUGAACAAGGAACGUGAAAAAUUGGCCGGAGCGCGCAAAGUGAUCAUUUAUGUGCCUGAAGAAACGUUUUUAGAAACGAAGUUUGCGCACGGCGCGAGUUACAGUUUGAUUGAAAUGAAACGCAAUGAAUCGCUGAAAUUGAGAUAUGAUGAUUUUUGGUACAUCGACUAAGCAGUCCAGAAAGAAAUCACUCGUUAUUCGUUCCCACUAACAUUCACAGUACGCCUAUGAAUAAAAAUAGUAUUUAGCGAACGUAUUGAGGCAAUACAAAAAACCAAAUCAUUAGUAUUUAGCUUCUUACACGAGAUAUAAAUUAGUUUUUUAGUUGAAUCGUUCAUUAGUAAUAAUUAAAAAAAAAAAACAAAAGAAAGUACACACAAAUGUAUGCAACCGAUUGUGGUCUGACAAUGCAUCAAUUAUGAUAACAUUUAAGUGAUACGAUUUCGAAUUGUCUGAAACAUUUCGUACUAACUGACUUUUAGUUUAUAUAGAAUUAGAUUCAUAAGAAACAAUUACCUAUUUCAAUACAAAUACACGGAUAAAAUGGGAAAUUUCAACAUUUUUUGCUAAAGUUUUCAAUCCCCAAAAUAAACUUGUUUGCCUUUGAUGUACAAAAA